UCCCUUUCCAAAUAAGGGCAGUCUCUCCAUGUACGGCAAACAAUCGGUGCGAGAUUGCCCUUUUCUCUUCCUUAUCCCGUUUAUAUGAUCGGAGAGGAACUGCGCUUCAGGUUGGAAGCGGUGCGAUCAUGGCCGAGCGAGUCCAGCAGCCCCCAGCCAAGCGGCUCUGCUGCAGGCCCGGCUACAACCCGGCAUGCAGGCAGGGGCAGCGGGCUGGAGGAGUCCUGUGUGGCGGCGCAGGGUCCGCUCCGGGAGGGUCGGGGAAUGGAAAAACGCACAACCCCGAGUCGUUGCUCGACAUCGCGGCACGCAGAGUCGCGGAGAAGUGGCCGUUCCAGAGGGUGGAGGAGCGGUUCGAGAGGAUCCCGGAACCCGUCCAGCGGAGGAUCGUAUACUGGUCAUUCCCGAGAAGCGAGAAGGAGAUCUGUAUGUAUUCCUCUUUCAACGCCGGAGGAGAAGAAAGUGGAACUAGCGGGGACAAUAAUGACGAGACCCAGCUGCCUUUCCUACGGGGUGUCACUCUGCUAGAGGGUGGCUGGGUGGACAACGUAUUGCAAGUCGGUUUCCAUCUCAGCGGCACAGUGACGGACCCCGCCACACCCUCCACCCCAGAGCUCGUUUGCAGCGUCAGCGUCAGCUUCGACCGUUGCAAGAUCACGGCGGUAACAUGCACCUGCGGCAACAAAGACAUCUUCUACUGCGCCCAUGUAGUGGCGCUGUCACUUUACAGAGUACGGAAGCCUGAGCAGGUCAAACUGCACCUGCCCAUCUCAGAAACUCUGUUCCAGAUGAGCAGGGACCAGCUGCAGAAGUUCGUCCAGUAUCUGAUAUCAGUCCACCACACCGAAGUGUUGCCAACGGCUCAGAAACUGGCCGACGAAAUUCUGUCGCAGAACUCUGAGAUCAACCAGGUCCACGGGGCCCCGGACCCCACAGCAGGAGCCAGUGUGGACGACGAGAAUUGCUGGCAUCUAGACGAGGAGCAGGUUCAGGAGCAAGUCAAGCUCUUCCUGUCACAGGGAGGAUACCACGGCUCGGGCAAGCAACUCAACCUGCUUUUCAGCAAGGUGAGGGAGAUGCUGAAGAUGCGUGACUCCAACGGAGCGAGGAUGUUAACACUGAUCACAGAACAGUUCAUGGCCGACCCUCGGCUGGCGCUGUGGAGACAGCAGGGCACCACCAUGACCGACAAGUACAGACAGCUCUGGGACGAGCUAGGUGCCCUGUGGAUGUGCAUCGUACUGAACCCCCACUGCAAAGCAGAGCAGAAGUCAUCAUGGCUGCGCCAGCUGCGCAGAUGGAACAGCGUGGACGUCUGCCCCUGGGAGGACGGUAACCACGGCAACGAGCUGCCCAACCUCACCCACUCACUGCCUCAGGGUGCCCAUGGCAACCAAGAGAUGCGCCCCCACAGGACUGUGUUCACACGGGCCAUUGAGGCCUGUGACCUGCACUGGCAGGACCGACAUCUCCAGCACAUUAUCGCCAGUGACCUCUAUGCCAACUACUGUUACCAUGACAACCAGGAGGGCUCCCUCUUUGACACCCGCGGCUGGCCCCUGUGGCACGAACAUGUACCAACGGCGUGUGCCAGGGUGGACGCUCUGCGUUCGCACGGUUACCCAAGAGAAGCCCUCCGACUGGCCAUCGCCGUGGUGAACACAUUACGACGGCAACAGCAGAGGCAACUGGAGCACUUCCGCCGACACAAGAAAGAGUUGCUCCAUAAAGGCCAUACCUCCAUAACCAACAUGGAGGGCUGGGUGGGACACCCCCUGGACCCCAUCGGUACCCUGUUCAGCACCCUGACAGAGUCGGGACGAGGGGGAGAGGAGGGUUCCAACAUCUGCUUAGACCUCUCAGACUGCUCUAGUGUUGUAAGCCGAGCAGAGCUCCAGCGAAUGCCCGUGCAGCGAUUACUAGGAGACGGUGAAUCGUACGUGGCGCUGGCGGUGGAGACGGCUCUGAUCGGCUUAGGGCAGCAGCGGGUGAUGCCUGAUGGGCUGUAUGCUCAAGAGAAGGUGUGUCGCAAUGAAGAGCAGCUAUUGGCUAAGCUGCAGGAAGUGGAACUGGACGACUCCCUGGUCAAAAUCUUCCGUAAACAGGCCGUCUUUCUGCUAGAAGCUGGUCCGUACUCUGGCCUGGGAGAGAUCGUCCACAGAGAGAGUGUUCCCAUGCACACCUUCGCCCGCUAUCUCUUUACCUCUCUCCUACCUCACGACGCUGAACUGGCGUACAAAAUUGCACUGAGAGCCAUGCGGUUGCCAGUGUUGGAGUCGACGGCCUCGUCUGGUGACCUGUCACGACCCCACCACAUCGUGUCCGUGGUGCCCAACCGCUACCCGCGCUGGUUCACCCUGAGCCACAUAGAGUCUCAGCAGUGUGAGCUGGCCUCCACCAUGCUCACUGCUGCCAAAGGUGACAGUCGCAGGCUAGAGACAGUCCUGGAGUCCAUCCAGAAAAACAUCCACUCCUCGUCUCACAUCUUCAAACUGGCACAAGAUGCAUUCAAGAUCGCCACUCUGAUGGACAGUCUGCCUGACAUCACACUUCUCAAAGUCUCUCUGGAGCUGGGACUGCAGGUAAUGAGAAUAACUCUGUCAACAUUAAACUGGAGGAGGAGAGAGAUGGUUCGUUGGUUAGUCACAUGUGCCACUGAAGUGGGUGUUUACGCACUGGACAGCAUCAUGCAGAGCUGGUUCACCCUCUUCACCCCCACAGAAGCCACCAGUAUCGUGGCCACCACUGUCAUGUCCAACAGCACCAUCGUCCGCCUCCACCUAGACUGCCACCAGCAGGAGAACCUGGCUUCAUCCGCCCGCACCCUCGCCCUGCAGUGCGCCAUGAAGGACCCCCAGAACUGCGCCCUCUCUGCUCUUACACUCUGUGAAAAGGACCACAUUGCCUUCGAGACAGCCUACCAGAUUGUACUGGAUGCGGCGGCGACAGGGAUGAGCUACACACAGCUGUUCACUAUAGCACGCUACAUGGAACACCGCGGUUACCCGAUGAGGGCGUAUAAACUGGCGACGUUAGCCAUGGCUCACCUGAACCUCAGUUACAACCAGGACACACACCCGGCCAUCAACGACGUGCUCUGGGCCUGCGCGCUCAGCCACUCGCUGGGGAAGAACGAGCUAGCCGCCGUUAUCCCCCUGGUGGUCAAGAGCGUAAAGUGCGCCACCGUGCUCUCUGACAUUUUGCGGCGGUGCACGCUGACCACGCCGGGCAUGGUGUCGGCGCUGCACAGCCGCAGGAACUCUGUGAAGCUCAUGUCCCUGGACAAGGCGCCGCUCAGGCAGCUGCUGGACGCAACCAUCGGGGCCUACAUCAACACCACGCACUCGCGGCUCACACACAUCAGCCCGCGCCACUACAGCGAGUUCAUCGAGUUCUUGGGCAAGGCCCGGGAGACUUUCAUGAUGGCUCACGACGGACACAUUCAGUUCACCCAGUUCAUAGACAACCUGAAACAGAUCUACAAGGGCAAAAAGAAACUAAUGAUGCUGGUGAGGGAGAGGUUCGGCUGAGGGCGAGGCCGGGGGUCGCCAGAAGCUCCCACUCUAGUACUUUUCUAUUAACUUGAGUCUGCCUUUUGAACUUCUUUUGGACUUAUAAAAUAGAGAAGUAAAAAGAGGGAUGUGACUUGUAGAAUGAAGCAAAAAGAGAAAGGAAAAGAUGACAAAAAAAUCAACAGAGCCACACGCGGUAUUAUUGUUCUUGCUGUUGUUAUUGUUAUAAACAUUAUUACUAUUAUUAUUAUUAAUAAUAUUAUUACUACUAUGUGUACAGAAGUGUUUUUAUUUUUCAGAAGAGAGGAAAUUUGUCACGUUGUGAAUGUUGUGUGUAUUUCUCUACAUGUGUGCGAGAGGAAAAUGAAAAGUGAAAUGGCUUUUUUUUUUAUUUUCGUUCUUUUAUUUUUUUAUGAUUUAGGACAUCUUUUCCCCCCUUUUUCAGUGUAUAUUGAGUUAUAUGUUGUCAAGUGGCUGAAGCCCUUCUUCAAUAGCGCUCAUGUAAAAACAUAAAAGAAGAAGAAGAAGAAGAAGAAAAAAAACUACGUCUCGGCAUCCUCAAAGAGAAACUAAGGCUUUAAACCACACAGAGCACCUCCCUCUGCCCAGGUCCUCACCGGCGGGCGCUGGGCAGCACUGCACAGUUUAGCUCGGCUCGGCACAGCUUGGGUUAGCACUGACAGAAAGCCGCCAUCAGCAUUUCUUUAGACACAGCAGCGGUAGCAGCAGCAGCAGCAGCAGCAGCACUUGAGCAGCCAUUAGUUUUCUCUGGGCCCCAGGCAUUAGCUUCAUUACACACAACAAUGCUCUUAGCUAACUCGUGUUGUUGUUAUUGUUGUAAUCGUCCCCACCUCCAUAAUGAGUACCUGUUUAAGACGGUAUUCAGGCGCUACAGUGAUGGCACAUUACACAAAGAUAAUGAGUAUUAUUGUUACAUUAAUGUAAUGCAGUGCAGCUGUGAUUUUUAACAGCCCAAGUUUCACUUAGUAACCGUUGUAGUUGAGUUUUUACGACUUCGAUUGCAAAGAAAUUGGGACACUGGGUAAAAUGUAAAUAAAAACACAAUGUUUUCUUAUUCAGAGUGUAUAUCAGCAAACUUUAACCUCUUAAAACUCACCUGCCCAGGUAGGUUUAGGGGUAGGGGAAGGGUUAGGAUUAGACCAAAAUAAAUUAUGAGCCAAAGCUUAAAACAGAAGGCCAACAUGCAUGUGUGAGGCUUCAUUUGAAAGAUACAUCUUCUAGUUUCUGCAACUGUGCUUGUUUAGUAUGUAGCUAAAACACAACAGAAACAGCUCAAACAAACAAGGUCUAACCUAAGUCUACCCCUAUCCCUAACCUCACCUGCUGGCAGGCAGGUGGGUUUUGAGAGGUUCAAUUGAAUAUAUGUCACAAAGGAUUAGCAAAUUAUCACAUUCUGUUUUAUUUGCAUCUUAGAAAAUGUCCCAACUUUUUUGGUAUCAGGGUUGAAGUAGAUACCCAGAGGGAGACGACUACCUCAUGAUACGGUAUUGAACCUGCUCCCCUUUUCUUUUCUUUAUUUUUUGUUGCUAUCAUGAUUUGUAUCCUCUAUGAUAGCUGGCAGAUUUAAUUCAACAGGAGAGUCACUAGUGAGACCAAGGUUAUGAGGAGAUGUGGAGUCAGAUUCCUGCUGAGUGUUUCUGCGCUCGGCUCUGCUGUACGUCACCGCCCCGGCAUCGGUACUUACACCCCGAAAAAAUUGGCCUCAAAGAUGUGUCAGUAUGUCAGUCCCCUCUCAUCUCCAACAGCCACCAUUGUACGGUAUUUUCAGACUAGGCCAGUGUCAUUUCCCUCUGUGCAUGUGAAUCAUAGAAAUUAGACUUUCUACUGUUAAAGUUCAUUGUGUGGAACCUUCAGUAAUUGUCAACCAGAACGUUCUCAGGGAUUUCUCUACACAGGAAAAAGGUGGAACAAAUGAACGACUGACUACAGGAAAAAAGACAAAAACAUGACACAACAUGAGCGAGCAUUUAUUGUACUCUGUAUAUAUGCCAUAGUAUAUGUCUGAAUAUGGAGGAUCUGAAAGUAUAUGUUAACUAAUUUAUACAGAGUAUUCUAUGUAAUGUGAAAUACUUGAAGCCGCUGUAGUUUGCUCUCUCUCUCUCUCUUUCUCUUUCUCUCGCUCUCUCUUUAUGUCUUCUCUUUUUUUCUCUUUCUUUUGUUGAAAACAGAACAUAUCAGAAGGACUAGGCUGACCUUGUUGACGGCUUUUUGGACUCACAAUGCCUCAUGUGUUCAUACUUGAGACGCUGGAUCCUGUCAUGAAAUGCAGGUUGAGUCAAAUUGGUGAUGAUGAAAAAAACAUUGUUGUUCAUUCCUGCUGAUGAAAGCAUAGAAAGGGUGUGGAGGCAGACUACUUCAGGCCAUUGGUCGAUAAAUGUUCGAAAACACAAUACAGGACUUGAUUAUGCAUGUAAGCUGUUGCACUAGCCUAGUUUUUCAUCCGUGGGAGAAAAAACUGUAACGUGCUUUAUACAGGAGCUAAUUGGAGAUGAAUCUGGUUAAAAAUCAUGUAUUAUGUGUCCGGCCUUACAUGCAUUUAAGGACAUCUCUUUGCUGAUGUUGCAUUAAUAUAACCCUUGACGGAAUAACUUAAUAGUCGUGCAACUCAACACAUUGAUAAUUAUGCACAGGUUCAAUCUAGCUAAGAUUAAAAAUCAAGUCUCCUCCCUUUCAUUCACCGCAGAAUUUCCAGUGUCUCCUCUGCAAUGUUCAGCUGUCCUAUCAUCACUUGCCUUUUUUAUUACCUUCUUUAUACGUCUGAUUCUUCUUUUUCUGUGCAUCUUUUUUCUAUCCUGUGUUCAUUAAAGAUAAAAGCAGCCUUUUCUCUUGCCUUGUCUUAACGCUUUAAAGUAACCAAACAGGAGAUCUAUCUAACAACCAAACGCGUUCUAAGAGGUGAGAGACAACCCACCUUGGUCCCAGCUUUAGUGUCCUUAAUUAGUAAGUGAAUGGCUGUGUAACUCAUGCUUUAACAAAGCAAUUCCUCACGUGUGUUUGGUGAAAAAAUACGUUGUCCAGUGUCUCUUGUUCUCUUCAGAAACAAUUUCCUCUGAGUCUUUCUAGCUGUUUUUUUUCUUUUUUUUUUUGUUUGUGUAGGAAUCUUCUGCUCUCCCAUUUUAUUUAUUACAAUGACCCAUGUAUACAUGCUUAUGAAAUUAAGAUUUGAUACACCGAUAUCAAUUUAUUUAUGUAACUAAAUCACUGUUUUAUAAUCUUGUUAAUGAGUCAAUAAUUGAUUUUUUUUGUUUUUUGUUUUUUGUUUUAAUAAAAGUUAGUUUUUUGAAAUGUA